CACCAUUUGCCGUACCUCUCUUGUAUCGCUACAAUUUCCCCCAUCUCCAACAUUCAUCACCUACUCUGCUAUCUCUUCACUCACUCUCAGGCUCAGCCCUCACCCUCAGAAGCCUCAACUGCUCGGCUCUUUUCAUCAAUGGCGACCACUUUCACAACUAUGUCGAACGCGGGUUCACUAUCUAGCAUCUCGCAGCUCAAACCAUGGAGCCCUAGUUGCAGCUCGGUCAAGAUUUCCAGCAUCAGGACUCCAACGAAGUCGGCAUAUGGUUCUUCCUCUAGCUUGUCCUUCUCUGGGUCUCUUUCUCUCGGCCCUCUCAAGUCGUCGUCUUCCCCUUGCCAGAGGAGUGGAGCUCGUCCGCUUAGCUCCGUAGUUCGAGCUAGUGCUCAGGUCCCAGAUUUGCAAGCCAAAGUGACCAACAAAGUGUAUUUUGAUAUUAGCAUUGGAAACCCAGUUGGGAAGCUUGCUGGGAGGAUUGUCAUCGGAUUGUAUGGCGAUGAUGUCCCUCAGACUGCUGAGAACUUCCGUGCUCUAUGCACAGGAGAGAAGGGGUUUGGCUUCAAAAACUCGGCGUUCCAUCGUGUCAUCAAGGAUUUUAUGAUUCAAGGAGGUGAUUUCGACAAAGGAAAUGGCACUGGAGGCAAGAGCAUUUAUGGUCGGACUUUCAAAGACGAGAACUUCAAGUGUAAGUUCGAUUCUAAAGUGUUCUUUUUAGGAGCCAUAAACGAUACAUCAUUUCAUCUGCUUAGGCCUCAAUCAAGUGGCGACUUCUUUUCAAUUGUGAAUUAAAACAAAGGCCAUGUGAUCAUGGACUGGUAGGAGUCUAGUUGUAUGAAAUUCUCCUGUAUCUUCCUUGCAGUGACCCAUACUGGACCAGGAAUCGUUAGCAUGGCAAAUGCCGGCCCUAACACCAACGGAAGUCAGUUCUUCAUUUGCACUGUCAAGGUACAUAUAGUCAAUUUUAUGUAUAGAGCUAUAACCCCUCUUACAUUCUUCUUCAAUGCCAUAUUGAACUAACUAGCUUGUAGCUCUGAGGACCCUUCACUUACGGCUAUUAUGUUAAAAUAAAAGUUCAGCGAUUUCGUUUAUUAGUAACCCCGAAGUCCAGCUACCAUUCAUGCAGCAGCCAAUCCAUCACUUGGCUGUGCAUCAGGAGUGGCUUGAGUACAAAACUAGCAUAAUAGAUUCCCCACUCGUGUUCAUGAUACAAAAGUUUGAUGCUUUUUUUCCCCCUAAUGACCAGAAGUUUGGUUUUAUCCUUUUUUUUCUGGCAGACCCCGUGGCUAGACCAGAGGCACGUCGUGUUCGGACAAGUUUUGGAGGGAAUGGAAAUCGUCAAGCUCAUUGAAUCGCAGGAGACAGACAGAGGCGACCGUCCCAGGAAGAGGGUUGUCAUUGCCGAGUGUGGUGAGCUUCCCAUGUCGGACGCUUGAGGAGUAAUAAUUGAGGGGAAAACAAGAGAAGAUUUGAGGGUUAUCAGAAUCGCAUUUUUCUUAGCUUUCCAUUUUGAUUUUUGUGGAUGUGCUUGAAGGAGACAGCAGUACUUCUAAGCUUAGUUUACUUUGAGGGAUUUAAAGAUCAGUCGGAUGAGAGUCAGAAUGUGCCUUCUUCUUUUUAAUAGGAACGAGGGAAGAUUUGAGAAAUAGAGGUGCUCUACUUCUUUCUGCAAUUUUAACCUGCUUUUAAGUUUCACAAUUUAAUUCCAUUCGAAUGGAGCAAAAUCGCAAGGAUGGACAAUGGUUUGGGUCCACACUGAACCAAGUCUAACCAGAGUACCAGACCAACAUUUGUGUUGGUGGGUAAAACUUGUGGGUUGGAUCAAACUAGCCAGCCAAGUACAUAAUUUCAUCUUCUUUGUUAUCAGUCUCAAAUUUUAAGGAUUUUGCGUUCGUACAGUGGGCUCUGCCUCUGCAAUUAAACA